AUGAUGAAAUUUCUUGUUUUAGCAGCUCUUCUUGCUGUUACUGCUUUUGCAGCAGAAAAUGAGGUUGUAUGGACUUUGGACCAUACUAAUUACUCUCAAAUUAUUUCCCAGCACAAGAUGAUCGUUGUUCAGUUCUAUGCCCCAUGGUGUGGAUACUGCCAGCAACUUGAGCCAAAGUACGAAGAAGCAGCUUCGGUAUUGAGUAAUCAUGAUCCUCCAGUUAUUCUUGCUAAAAUGGAUACAACAAUUCUAGAAAAUGCUGAGCUUGCAAGAAAUUACACCAUUAAUGGUGUUCCAAGCAUUAAGAUCUUCCGUCAUGGUGGGAAGACGGUUCAUGAUUACAAAGGUACUCGUGAGACGGAAGGUAUAAUUGCUUAUUUGAAAAAACAUGGGGGCCCUGCAUCUCUUGAAAUCAAAACCGAGAAAGAUGCUGCAACCUUUAUUGAUGAGAAAAAGAUUGUUGUUGCUGGUAUAUUUCCACAACUCUCUUUAGAGAAGAUCAUCAAUUUUACUACUUUAGCUGAAGAUUUACGAGUAGAUUACGAUUUUGUUCACACACUUGAUGCCAAACUCCUUCCUCGUGGUGGGCUGGUUGAUAAGCCAACUAUCCGUCUAUUGAAGCCAUAUGAUGAACUUUAUGCUGAUUUCGAGGAUUUUCAAAUUGAGGCAAUGCAGAAUUUCAUUGAAGAAACUAGUGUCCCAAUCAUGGCUAUUCUUGAUGAUAAUCCAGAAAACCAACAAUUUGUUAAUCACUUUUUGCAUAGUCCAGGAGACAAGGUAUUUCUAUUUCUGAACUUCAGCACUGAUCUUGAUGCUUUCAAGUCCAAGUAUUAUGAUCUUGCACUCAGUUACAAGGGAAAGGAAACAAACUUCCUCUUGGGAGAUGCUGAGAGUGGUAAAAAGGCCCUUCAGUAUUUUGGAUUGGACACUGAUCAGACACCUUUAAUCUUCGUACUUACCAUGGGUAGCACAAAAUACGUUCAGCGACAUGUACAACCCGAUAACCUUGCAUCUUGGUUGAAGGAUUGUAAGGACGGAAAGUUGAAGCCAUACUUGAAGUCACAGCCAAUUCCAGAAUUUAACAAUGAAACUGUGAAGGUGGUGGUUGCAGAGACUCUUGACGAUAUGGUGUUCAAUUCGGGAAAAGAUGUACUGUUGGAGUUCUAUCGACUUGGGUGUAGAUAUUGUGAGGAGUUUGCUCCCGUCUUGGAUGAAAUAGCUAUCUCAUUUGAAAAAGAUCCUCAUGUCGUGAUUGCUAAAAUUGAUGGAACGGAAAAUGAUAUACCUCGUGACGUAUUUGAUGUUGAAGGAUUCCCAACUUUAUACUUGAGAUCUUCAACGGGUAGUUUGUCACGGUUUGAGGGUAAUAGAACAAAAGUGGCCAUUAUUGAAUUUAUCCAGACAAACAGAGGUAGCCCUGCCUUUGAUUUUAGCAUAUCACAAACUCAAAUAGAUCAAGUGAAGGAUGAGUUGUAAGAAGGUACAGAUCGGAAAAAACACCCCAAGAUCAUGAAGUAAAUACAUGAUCAAUGUCAUCUCUGAUGCAGUGGAGGCAAGUGCUCUAUACUCAGCUUCAGCACUUGAACGAGCAACUGUGGACUGUUUCUUGGAGGUCCAAUAAAUACAGUUUGCACCUAGGUAGAUGCUAUAGCCUGUAGUUGAUCUUCUAGUAGUGGUACAACCUCCCCAAUCAGCAUCAGAGUAUCCAUACAACCUACAUGGUGAUUGUGAAAUAAGUCUAAGUCCAAAGUGCAGAGUGUCUUUGAUGUACUUGAGAAUUCUUUUCACCCCUUGAAGAUGUGCACUGUUUGGAUUUUGCAUAAA